CAAAGUAAAAGAGUCACUGCUGCUCCUAAAAUAAACACACUCUCUUGUUCUUGUUGUUGUGGCGUCGUAGUCAUGGAGAAGGGGAAGAAGAAUGUUGAAUUUCAUGCUUGUCCUUCUGAUUGUGAAUUGAUAAUGCAAUUGUUGAAAUUUGUGGCUGGAAAACGAUGUGAAGGAUUCAUUGGAUUUACAGAUGUUUACAGUAAAGAGCCAUGGGAAUUGAUUGGAGAGAGUUCCAAGAAAACUCACUACUUAUUCACGCAAUUGAAGAAGAAGAAUAAAAGUGAUACCAGAUUCAAUAGAACUACAAGGGGCGGCGGGAGUUGGAUCCAGCAAGCUAAAGGAAAAUUCAUUCUUGAUGAAGAUGAAAAGCUGGUUAUUGGGUACAAGAGAAGCCUCAAUUUCAAGCAUAAGAAAAACCGCUCUUUAAAUGGGCAGUGGGUGAUGAAAGAGUAUGUUCUUGCUGACUUUCUUCUUCGUCAAUUGAAAUCAAACGACACUAAAGAUUUUGUUAUCUGUGCAAUUAAGAGAAACCCCAGAUCAGUAAUCAAAGUCAGCUUCUUGUUCGUUGGCGUUGAACAAUCUUGCCUACUUUGAUGCUAGCAGAAGACAUUCUCAUUUGCAGUGAUGGAUUCCCUGAUGUUCUAAAAGACUUUUCCUGUGGUAUGGGAAUUAAUGAAACUGGAAUUGCUAAGCAAAGUAGUGAACUGGUUAGUUUUCUUGUUGACAGCAUGCCUAGCUUGACACCGCGACUGGUUAGUUUACAAUUGUUCUGCUAAUUACUAAAAUAUACUACCAGCUUGUCGUCUCUCUACCAUUUUGUAUGAUUAGUUUGGCUUCAUUAUGUGAGUGAGCUAUCUGUCUUACACGUUAAUGAUCAGCAAACCAACAUAAAGUUUAGUAUUUGUGGUAUCCAUGAAUUACAUUACAUUUUCAUCAGGAAAAUACUAUCUUGCUGUCGAUUUGAAUGUUAUGAAAAGCUGGAUUGUAAGAGUGGGCCUUCUCCAUGUGUAUGUAACAUAAAAUUUUGAUGGAA